AUGGUUGAUGCACUUAACCGAAAGAAUUUUGUAGCUUUACGAGCUUUGGAUGCGCGUUUAUCUUUAAAGAAAGAUGGUGCCUGGAUUGUUGAGUUAAAGUUAAAGCUGAUGCUUUUAGAACAAAUAAAAGAGCUACAAUGGAAAAAUGGAAAAUGCUUGGCAAGAACUGCACAAGUGGAAAAAGACGAGAAUAAGGACUUUGAAUUCAGGACUGACAGAUGUUUGUACUAUUGUGGGAAACUUUGUAUCCCCGAUGAUGAAGAAUUAAAGGAAGAUAUCCUUUCUAAGGUACACUUUAGUCCGUUGACUAUGCAUCCAGGUGGAAACAAGAUGUACCAGGAUCUAAAGAAGACUUCACUCAAAUAUGGAACAAUCCUGCUCGAUGAUGACGACGAUGCAGCUGUUAUGGUUGGCCUUCAUCAAUCUUCCAAUAAUCAAAUUAUUGAGAUUAUUGUCAAAAUUAUAGAUGCUCUUACUUCCUCAACUGCUGCACCGAUGACCGCAGAAGCAGGACCAUCAGAAUAUAUAUAUAUAACCUCAUCGAGAGAUUCGAUGAAAUCCUUGUUGAUUUCAAUGAGGACGAUGCCUCAAUAUCGUCAUAAAGUUGAAAUGAAUGAGAUAAACUAUGAUGUCGUGAGGAAUCCUGAGAUUCCUGAUAAGUUCGAUAUACGCGUAGCCCACUGGGGGACCUUGGAUAAAAGAUCAACGGAGUUUGGACUUGGGUCACAAUUUGGGAGUAAGAAUGAUGCACAACUAGCUAUGAAGGAGUUUUAUAUUAAAACUUAUAUGGAGUUCACUGUUGUGGAGUCUAACUAG